UUUGCUGUAGGCUAGAUCUAACCAUACCGGUAGACGUUUUUGGUUUUGCCAGAAUCAGAAUGUCAGGACAAAGUACUUAUACAUUCAAAUGGAGGGCUUGCCACUCAGCUCCAGUAAUAGGAAGGUCUCUCUACCUGUGGGGAGGGUUCCAACCUGAUUGGCUUAGCCCUGAUAUCAUACAAGCACACGAUUCAUCUCAAAAGAGGAAAGUGGCUUCAACAGUUGAGUCAUUUUCCUUUUCAUCAGCUCGCUGGUCCUCUCACCUAACAAGGGGAAAUCCUCCAUUAGGAAUCACUGGCUACUUCUGUACCACCUUUCGUUCUAAUAUUUAUUAUUAUGGUGGCUGGUGUGGUCAUGAUAUUUGUUUCCACAACAAUUUAAAUGUACUAAAUACACUGACCAUGAGCUGGACCCAACUGCACCCUAAUGAUGAGUCCAGGAUGAAGAAAGGCUAUGGUGGAAUGCUAUCACUCGAAUUUGAUGGAACUGACUAUCUUUUUAUGGUUGGAGGAGCAGGUACUACACCAGCUGUCAAACAUCCUCAGUUUCAAUAUCAGAAUAAUAAGACGAAUGAUGCCCUUGUUCUUACUAAUGAACAGUUACUUCAUAAUCUAUCUAAUGGACAAUUCACUGUUCCAUCUGUCAGUGGACAGUGCUGUCCUCCAACUAGUAGUUUUACAAUCAACAAAAUAAAUGGAAAUAAAGGAAUAAUGUUUGGAGGAGCAAUUAAUCUUCCUGAUGGCUAUAUACCUACUAAUGGUUUGUACAUAUUUCAUGUGACACAUACUACAAUACAUUGGGAGAGAGUUAAAAAAGGAUCAAUAUCUGGUAAGGAACUCUGGCCUAUGGACAUAUGUGAUCAUGCUAGUGCUAUUAUCAAUGGAGUCUCUACCUCACCUGCACUAGUAGUGAUUGGUGGGUGGAGUAAUAGCAGUCAACUAGUGAAUGAUUGUUUAUUAUUGGAUAAUAUCACUACUAGUCAGUACAGUUGUAAGAAGAUUCCUCUACCUGAAUCUGUUACUGGCAGAUCCUAUCACUCACUCACAGCAAUCACAAUGUCACCACACUGUGUGUGGCUAGUAAUUGUUGGAGGAAGUCAAGAUAUUCGAUGGAGAGUUCAACAGUUGAUGGAGGGAGGGCAUGAUGAUGAAGAGGAAACUGGAUAUAUGGUGGGUAGAUUUAUCGCUGAUACUAAUAGACUAAUAAUGAUAAUUGAAUUAGUAUAUAUUGAAGCUGGUGAGUGGACAGUACAGUCAGUACUGGAUGGUAAUGAUCUCACUAGUAAGAAAUAUCAAGAAAAGUAUGAAUCAUACAGCAAGACCAGAACAUGGUGGAUGGAUCAGUUAAUAGAAUAUCCCACAGAGAAGGAAAUGGAGCUUCAGAGAUACAUUCAGUUAUUGCAAGAAAAACUACAAGCGGCUUAUCAAAGCAAAGUAUCACUACAGGAGGCACUGGUUGAGGCCAACAAACAAACUGAGGUUGGUGAUAAUAAAUUAGUAAUGACUGAGAAAUUAGAAGAAGUGCUGAAGGCAUUACAAGAAGAGAGACAGAUUCUUACUGAAUAUCCCACAGAGAAGGAAAUGAAGCUUUCAAGGCACAUCCAGUUUUUACAUCAAGAACUACAAGUGGCUCAUCAGAACAAAGUGUCACUACAGGAGGCAUUGCUUGAGGCCAUCAAACAAGGCUCUAAAGCUGACGGAAAUAAUUUAGUUAUUAUGAAUGAGAAAUACGAAAGGGUUUUACAAGAGAAACAGAGUAUUACUGAAGAUAAUGAGAAACUUAGAGUUAAAGUUGCUUAUAAUGAAGUAUGGAUAACUGAAAUAGAAGAAGAGAAGAGACAAGUAGAGGAAGAGAAUAGAAAAGUAGAAGACAAGAAUAAAAAAGCAAAGAAAGAGAAAGAGCAAGCAGAGGAAGAGAAGAGACAAUUAGAGGAGCAAUACCUCAUGGAGAAACAGAUCACUAAAGAACUUAAAGCUAAAGUUGCUGUCAAUGAUGUAUUUAUAACUCAAUUAGAGGAAGAGAAUGAAGAAGUAGAGAAACAAUAUCGCAAAGAGAAACAGCUUACUAAAGAUCUUAAGAGUAAAGUUGCUGACAAGGAACUGUAUACUGCCAAACUAAUGAAGGAGAGGGAGCAAUGGAGUCAAACCAAAGAGACUAGUUCCAAAGAAGUGCAAUUUGAUUACAUGAUCCCUUCAAUGGAUAAUUUGGAAUGUCUGAGUGAUGUCCAUGUAGCAGAGAAGAAGCUAUUCUUAAUUCAAGGAGACAAACCUCAACUGAUGAAUUGGGAGAAAUAUGGUCUAAGGAUUGGAUUACAAGAAGGAAGCCUAUUGUCCUCUGAGACAGUAGAAGCAGCAGUGGUUGCUCUAGUAGGAGGACAGUUCCAGUUUCCUCCUAAUACUGUCCUAGUCAGUGCUGUGUAUGCAGUAUCACUCUCAAAGCCUCUCUCCAAACCACUCAAGUUGGAGAUACAGCACUGCGUUGAUUUAACAGGACGACCAGAUCUUGUACAAUACUUAAAGUUUGCUAUAGCUCCUGUGAGCACGCCCAGCCUUCCUUACCAGUUUUCAAUAGUUAAAGGAGGAGAGUUUAAACCUGAUAGUUGGUAUGGAUCCAUUCAACGAACUAAGUUCUGUUUAGUAGCUAUUGUUGGGGAGAAACAUCUACCCAAAUCAUCAACCAAUGGAGAGGAGGAUGAGGAGCAAGAGGAACAAGCAGAAGAGGAAGCUGAGGAUGAAGUAGAAGAUGGUAAUAGUGAUAAUUCUGAUGAGACUAAAGAUCCACAAGGAACUGGCAGUGGAGCUCAAGGAGAGUCUAGUAGUAGUCAGGGAGUAGAGAGAGAGGAGGAGACUGGAAGUCAGCCAUUAUUUGAGAAGGAAAAUGAAGAGUCAAAGGAUUAUGAAGAACCACAGCAUGAAGAAGUAACUGCUCCAAUACCUUGUACUGAGAUUAGUUCAGAUUUUAAUAGUCAGGUAGUAGUUUCCACUAGUAUAGUAGAGAAUAUGGCUUAUGCUGGACUGGUUUAUUAUGAGAAGAAAGAAGCUGAAGAUUUGGUGACAUUUACUGCUGCUAAAGAUCUUAAUGCACUGCUUGAGUUUAUUGAACAAAAGCACUCUCAAGCUGAAGUUGGGCAAAAUAUUCUAUUUCGUUUCAAAGAUUAUGAUGGACAUAUUGAAUUAAAAUUUGAUACGCCUCAAGAUGAGCCAUUCACUGGUUGGAGUAUUAAGCCUCACCUUAAGCCUUGUAGAUUUCUACGUUGUGAUGUUGAUAAGUUUGGUGAAGCUAAUUAUCCUCUUCCUUCCACCUGCCUGAUAUCAGUAUAUGGAUUACCUGAUGCUGUACCGUUAUUGCACUAUUCUAUACCUUUGAAUGGAGUGGUUGAUCCUAAGACAUUAUUCAUUCACCGAUCACUGAGAACUACUCUUCCCUCGCCUCUUCCUUCAACAAAUCCUACUACCUCCUCUAAUGUAGUACAGGAAUCAACUGCAGUAUCAGAAACUAGUACAUUUAGAUCUGAUAUUGCUCAUAGAGUAAUGACAGAAUGUACUGGAAUGAUAAAGGAAAGGCUUGAUCUAAAUACAUUAGUAGAUAAGCUACUUGAGAAGAGGAUGAUAAAUGAACGAGAGAAAAAGAAAGUUCUUGAUGAACGAUGUGGACAAACUGCUGAUCAAAGAAUGGACGAGCUACUUAGUUUAGUCAAAGCAUCCAUUAGAGAGGAUGGAGAAGAUUUUGGUUUGUUUCUAGAAAUAAUUAAACAAGAGAAUACAAGGAGAGCUGAUAGACUAGCUCAGACACUAUUAGAAAAUUAUAAAAAGUCAUUAUAAUUUGUUUUUGUUAUGUUAUAGCGUGUAUUUGUUGUUCUUUAAUUUUA